CGAAAUGGACACACUAAUUGGUAUAUGUGGUCCAGAUUUUGUGGCUAUUGCCUCGGACACCUACGAGAAAUACUCCAUCAUCACCCUGAAAAAUGACGACGAUAGCAAAAUCAUGCCAAUCGACAACUCAAAGCUCUUGCUACUUGCAGGUCCGAUGGGAGAUCGCGCCCAGUUUGGAGAAUACAUCAGGAAAUCGGUCCACUACCACUACUACAAGAACGGAUUUCCAAUGUCUACACCCUCCCUGGCACAUUUCGUUAGACAUGAACUCGCAGAGUACCUGAGAAAGAGCUCGUACCACGUGGACCUCUUGAUCGCCGGAUUCGACAAGGACGGACCACACUUGUUCUGGGUCGACUACUUGGCAAGCUCUACAGCAAUCGACAAGGCCGUGCACGGAUACGGAGGAAACCUUUUGCGCGGUCUCCUGGAUAAGGAGUAUCACGAAAACAUUUCAGUUGCAGAAGCUGUUGCGCUACUCAAGAAAUGCCGACACGAACUCAAGAAUCGUUUCCUCCUUUCACAGUCCAACUUUAGAGCAAAAAUCAUAGACAAGGACGGUAUACACGAUAUCGACAUUAGCGAAGGUGACGAAGUUGCACCUGAAAUUUUUAAAAGGGAUACGCGCAUAGCGAUCGACUCUUAACUGUUCACUAUU